AGUAGGGGAAUUUGAACAGGCAGUAGUUCACCUCGUGAUCUUCUUCACUUCACUUUUAGCUGCUGUCUCUGACACGGCCGGCUGAAGUGGUCGCGAUGAACACUGCGCUUUUGUUUACUUUACUGUCCGCGGCUUCGGCUUUUCAUCUGUCUGCACGAGACGAGUUUCACUUCAAGUCAUGGAUGGGAACGCACAACAAGUUGUACAGCGUGAAGGAGUACUAUGAGAGACUCCAGAUAUUCACUGAGAACAAGAGGAGGAUCGACAAACACAAUGAAGGAAAUCACUCGUUCACAAUGGGGCUGAACCAGUUUUCAGACAUGACUUUUAGUGAAUUUCGAAAGUCUUUCCUCUGGUCUGAGCCACAGAACUGCUCUGCUACCAAGGGGAAUUACCUCAGCAGCAACGGACCAUAUCCAGACUCCAUCGACUGGAGAAAGAAGGGAAAUUAUGUGACAGAUGUGAAAAAUCAGGGAGGUUGUGGUAGUUGCUGGACUUUUUCAACAACCGGCUGUUUGGAGUCUGUUACAGCUAUCAAGACUGGGAAACUCAUACCACUGUCUGAACAACAGCUGGUAGACUGCGCCCAGGACUUCAACAACCAUGGAUGUAGCGGCGGCCUUCCCAGUCAAGCAUUCGAAUACAUCAUGUACAACAAGGGACUGAUGACAGAGACGGACUACCCAUACACAGCUUUUGAGGGUGCUUGUUCGUAUAAACCUGAACUGGCGGCGGCUUAUGUGAAAGAUGUGGUGAACAUAACAGCGUACAAUGAGAUGGAGAUGGUGGAUGCGGUCGCCACACGCAAUCCUGUCAGUUUUGCCUUUGAGGUGACCUCUGACUUCAUGCAUUACUCAAAGGGCGUGUACACCAGCACUGAAUGCCACAACACCACAGACAUGGUUAACCAUGCAGUGUUAGCAGUCGGGUAUGGACAGGAGAAUGGCACCCCUUACUGGAUAGUAAAGAACUCAUGGGGAUCCAGCUGGGGGAUUGAUGGAUAUUUCCUCAUUAAACGUGGGAAGAACAUGUGUGGACUUGCUGCCUGCUCAUCUUUCCCGGAGGUGUGAUUUUCCCAUGAUGGCAAACUACAAAAGGGCUGAAAAGGCAGCAGAAUACUAACUUUUUUUUAAUCAUACAGGUUCAUUUUUAAAUAAAGACUAGCCUACUGUGUAACCAUGUACAGUGGUGUUUUGCACAAUGGAGUAAACACUAUGAUAGAAUAGACAAGGUAAUUUCCUGAUAUAUCACUAAAUCUGAAAUGAUCACUUCUUCGUUGUAGUUAAAUUUACAAAUAAAAUAUAUAUAAUCCA